GUUUUGUCCGCUGUUUUCUACAUUUGCAGAAACUGGAAUGUACCAAAACCACUCCAAAGACACCAACAACAACUGCAACAAAAGCCUUCUCAGUGAACACAAGGCAAAGCUUAUCCAGGCUAUUAAAAGAAUCAAGCACGAGGUAGAUGAGUGCAGAGACGAAGAGAGAGAGACGUACAGAGAGUCAUUGGAAGUAGAGAACAGUUUCGAUGUCCUGGAACGAGAAAUCCAAUCAGAGUUUCAGAACCUCCAUCGCUUCCUGGAUGAGGAGGAGUGGAAGGACCUGGAGCGGCUGAAGAGGGAGAGAGAAAAGUCUCAGGUCAGCUUUGUCCCUCCAGCGGAGGUGGACACUGAGGUGCGCUGCGGCCAGUUUGUGGGGCCAAUACAGUACCGGAUAUGGAAGCACAUGAAAAGCUGCCUCUACCCAAAUAUUACAUCAAUGACCUUUGACCCUGAGACAGCCCACCCUAAUCUGUCCCUGUCCAAGUCUUGCACCUCAGUAUGGUUUGAUGAGGAUAAAGACACGUCAGGUUGCCAGGCCAACCCACGGCGCUUCCAUUAUUAUUACAGCGUGAUGGGCCGUCAGAGCUUCACCACAGGCCGACACUACUGGGAGGUGGAGUUGGGAAGUAAGACAGCGUGGAGGCUGGGCGUGGCGCGGGAAGACGUCCCGAGAGGGGAGAUGGCUGCUACUGGCACAUCCAAUGGCUUCUGGACCCUGGCCCUGAAGGACGGAUCUAUCUUCGCCUGCACCGACCCGAAGCCCACCAAGGUCAACGUAUCUGUCCGUCUUGUCCGCUUGGGCGUGUUCUUAGACUGUGAAAAGGAGGAGGUGGCUUUCUAUAAUGCUGUUACCAUGGCGCCAAUCUACACUUUCACUAUGGAAGCAGUUGACGUUCCUCUGUUCCCCUUUUAUAAUCCAUGUGACUCGGAUGAUGGGAAUAACACCGCAGCACUUAAGAUCUUUAAGCCUUCACUAUGA